UCUCCUUGUCUGGUUGCUCCCACCAUCCGCGCUCGCCUAAACGCGACUCGGUAACAAUUACCUACGAUAUUACCUCUUCAGGCCCAAGAGCGUUGCAAGUGGGCCGCUAGAACGAGGCCGGCGCUCCCCCCGGGCCCCAGCCAUUGUUCCUGAUUUGGCCCCCGCAUUCCCAUCAACCGAGAGCAAUUGCCUGCAGGCCGUCAGGAGUUGCGCUGGACAUUCACUUUCGUCUGAAAAAAGAGCGCGAAGGUGUCAACAUACCGAAGGUACGGAUACUAGCCAGGAACACCGCCGAUUUCCCCACCAACCCCGGAUUUCGGAUUCGCGGGGCUCCAGUAAAUUGCGCCAAACCCGCUGGAAACCCGCCGCCGCCGCCUCGAUUGCCGGAUGCACUUCCCGCAACUGCAAUGCCCGGCCACGACACACCCCCGGUUUCUCUCCACCCGGGCGGGCAAGACGAUUACGGCGCCUUCGCCGAGCCCUCCCGGCCGCCGCCGACAUCCUCCAAGAAGAAAUCACGACGCGCCGCCGAUCCCGCCAACCAGAAACGGCGAUGUGUCAGCACCGCCUGUAUCGCUUGCCGGAAGAGAAAGUCCAAGUGCGAUGGCGCGAUCCCCAGCUGCGCGGCCUGCGCCAGCGUCUACGGCACCGAGUGCGUCUAUGACCCGAACUCGGACCACCGCCGGAAAGGCGUGUACCGCGAAAAGACAGACAGCAUGAAAGCCCGGAACUCGACUCUCCAGGUGCUGAUCGAGGCCAUCCUAAACGCGGCCGAGGACGACGUGCCGACCAUCGUGAGAAAGAUACGCACAUGCGACAGCCUCGAUUCCGUGGCAGAAUCCAUACUCAGAAACGAGGUCGAGGACGGGGACACAGACGGAGCGAGCGGUUAUACGGACGACGAAUAUGCCGCCAACCAACCAGUGGAGGGCGAGAGGGAGCUUGCGCGCAAGAUGGGAGAGCUUCGCCUCGAGAAUGGCUCCGUACGCUAUAUCGGCGGCACCUCGCACUUGAUUUAUCUGGGCGAUCAGUCGGAUGACCUCGACGAGCCGGAAUCCGACAGCUACCUCUCGAUUGAAGAGCCGACGACCAGCUGGACCGAAGUCACCAAGGACACUCAACUAAUCAUUCAUUUGAUCAACAUGUACUUCGGCUGGCAUUAUCCCUACUUUGCCACCCUAUCCAAGUCCCUCUUCUACAGGGAUUUCCUCAAAGGCAAACCGCAAGGGCAGCCCAGAACGACCGUGUAUUGCACACCCUUGCUCGUCAACGUCAUUCUGGCCCUCGGCUGCCACUUCACCAGCGCCGCCGGCGCCUUUGCAGUCCCCGGUGACAGUAGGACCAAGGGCGACCACUUUUUUGCCGAGGCGAAGCGCUUGAUCGUCGAGAACGACGAGUACGCGAAACCCAAGCUCGCCACGGUGCAGGCCCUGGCGCUCAUGUCGGUUCGCGAGGCAGGGUGCGGGCGAGAGGCCAACGGGUGGGUGUACAGCGGCAUGAGCUUCCGCAUGGCGCAGGAUAUUGGGUUGAACCUCAACCUCGGCGGGGCUGCAAAAGAUAAGGGCUCGCUCGACGAACAAGAGGUUGAUGCGCGCAGAAUCACGUUUUGGGGCUGCUUCCUCUUCGACAAGUGCUGGUCCAAUUAUCUGGGGCGGCUGCCGCAGAUCCCCAAGAAUACCUACAAUGUUCCCAAGUACGACGUAUUCCCCGACGAAGAUGCCGACUUGUGGUCGCCGUACACGGAGAGCGGGUUCGACCAGUCAUCGAAGCAGCCUUCUCGGACGCGGGCGGUCGGGCUGCACUUGAGCCAACUCUGCGAGAUCAGCAGCGACCUGUUGCUUUUCUUCUACCACCCCAACCAUAUCGGACGGUCAACCGGCAGGAACAUCGAGGUCAAAAAGCUCAGCGAGCUCCAUCGCCGGUUAGAAGAGUGGAAAAAGGAACUGCCAAACGAGUUCGAACCAAAGGAUGGCCAGCUACCACACGUCAUUCUAAUGCACAUGUUUUUCCAUCUACAGUACAUCCACCUCUUCAAAGCGUUCCUCAAGUACACCCCGGCGACGUCGCCAUUGCCGACACACGUCUCCCCGUGGCGGAUGUGCGGUGCUAACGCCGGGGCCAUCUCCAAGCUCAUGCGCCUGUACAAGAAGUUGUACGAUCUCAGGCAGAUCUGCAAUAUUGCCGUGUAUAUGGUGCAGACUGCUUGCACGAUACAUAUCCUGCACCUCCCAGAGAAGACGGCCAAGCGGGACAUUAUUCACGGCGUGAAGCAUUUGGAGGAGAUCGCCGAGGACUGGUUGUGCGCGAGGAGGGCACUGAGCACCCUGAGCGUGCUUGCGCGGAAGUGGAAGGUUGAGCUGCCCGAAGAGGCCGCUCUUGUGCUGCAGCGGACCGAUGAGAAAUACGGGACGGUCAGCAUCUCCGACGUCCCUUCGCCAACCGGGUCGGGGCCGUCAUCUACACGGUCACCGCCACCAAACCCGGAGACUGUCACGCAGUCGCCAACAACAAACGGCCAAGAACAGUACACGCCUCCGAACCAAUAUGUCGACCCGGCACCCCAACCGAUGGCGCUCGAUGUCCCCCCGAGGAGUGUGCCCGCCGACAUGAUGAGCAGCGUGGCGGGAGCCGGGAUGGCCCCGAAUCUACAGCGCAUGCAUAACCGAGACCCGCGGCGAAUGACGCAACCACUCGCGGCCACAUCCAUGCCCAUGGGCGAUCCCCUAUCAGAUAUCAGUUCGUGGGCCGUCUCACCAGGGACGCGGACCAUGCCUAGCUACACGCAAGCCUUUGCCCCCGUCCAUGCGCAUAGCAACAUGGCCCCCCCGCCGACUUCCCGCCCCGGGGGACGCCAAAUCUCACCCACCUCCCUGUACGCCAUCGACGGACAGGACUGGUACCUAAAAGACGGCGUGAAUUGGCAACAAAACUUCCAGACAUGGGGGCUCGGCGCUGGCGCCAAUCAGCCCCCCGCCCCGGACGGACGUAGCAGGAACCCGGGGAUUAGUGAUCCGUCCAUGUUUGUGUUUCGAGGGGUCAAUAUGAACGAUAUGGACUCGGGUUUCGACUCGCUUGGGAUGGAUAGCCUGGACCAUCUCUCCGGGUUAGAUUAGGCGUUCCUGAGACAGCGCGCUUUGUAUCUGUAGGGGGGGGCAUGUGGCGGUUUGGUUAUGGUGUUAUAGUCACGGAAUACAUCUGGCGGUAUCUGGUUGGGGGGGUAGCAUCUCGGUUUGGAAUGCGGAAAGGGGCAGGUCGUUUAUUUGUUUCAGUCGGGCGAUUAUACUGCGUAUAUACCAGACUCU